AUGUCCAAAAUUCUUAUCAGCGGUACCAUCGUAUGGGCACAUAGCGAAAUUGAGCAGCUCAAGCAGUUCGGCGAGGUCGUGCAGCUCACUUCAACCUCACGCCAGCAGUUUUACGAGGACCUUCAAACCAAGUACGCCAACACUGUCGCAAUCUAUAGACACAACGAUAGCGCAGGCAAGAUUGGCGUGUACGACAAGGAGCUUAUUGACAAACUUCCUUCGACCGUUAAAUUCAUCUGCCACAACGGCGCUGGGUAUGAUCAGAUAGAUGUUGCUGCUGCCACCGCUAGAGGCAUUCAAGUCUCGCACACACCAGCUGCAGUCGACGACGCAACAGCCACUACAGCCAUGUUCUUGAUAGUAUCUUCAUUACGUCAGUACUGGAAGGCAGAAGUGAAUGCGAGAAACGGCGUUUUCAAGCAGGGUUUGAAGCCUGCGUCGGAUCCUGAGGGAAAGACGUUAGGCAUUAUUGGUAUGGGUGGUAUUGGCGGGGCUGUCGCACGCAGAGCGCUCGGUUUCGAUAUGAAGAUCAAGUACCAUAACAGGAGGGAGAUUCAGCCGCGCCCAAGCUUCCCCUGCGAGUAUGUCAGCACGAUGGAUGAGCUCCUGGCCACCUCAGACGUCGUCUCGCUCAACCUCCCACUUAACGAAAAGACGGUAAAUUCAUUCGGCAAAGAUCAAUUCAGCAAGAUGAAGGAUGGCGCCGUUCUCAUAAACACGGCUAGAGGGGGUGUCGUGGAGCAGGAAGCCUUCAUUGACGCUCUCAAAUCUGGCAAGCUCUCGUCGGCGGGUCUCGACGUCUACCCAGAAGAGCCAAAGAUCGACCAGCGACUGAUCGACAUGCCCAAUAUCACCCUCCUCCCGCACAUGGGCACUGAGACCCGCGAGACGCAGCACAAGAUGGAAGUCUUGGUCAUCGACAACAUCAAGAGCGCCAUCUCCUCCGGCAAGUUGCUCAACCAGGUGCACGAACAGAAGAACUAA